AUGAUAACAACUAAAGCUGAUAAGCUUUUAAAAAGUUUAAUUGAUGCAGGUGUAUCAUUAACAGAUUUUACUAUAUUAGCAAUAACGAUUCUGCGUAUUCAGCGAGAUUUUAAAACAGAUAAUGAGGGUCGACGUCAAAGAGACCAUUCACGACAAAAAGAUAGAUUGCGUGAAAAAUAUCAUAUGGAACAACAAAUUAAAGAAGAAGAGCAACGUAAAAUAAAGGGUCUUGUCAAACUACGUGAAUUAGGCUAUGUAAUUGGUGAUGAUACAUUUCAAAUACCUAAUAAUAAUACAACAGAUAGCAUUGAUCAAUAUUCAAUAAAUUACAUUGAAAAUAAAGAUACGAAAAUAAAAAUCGAUCCAUUAUCUUUACCAUAUUCGAAAGAAGUCAAUGAUAUGAAAGAAAAACAACGCGAUUGUUGUAUUACAUUUAAUAUUGAUUAUGAUCUUCGAUUACAUCAACAAGCUCUUGAGCGUGCUUGCAGAAGAGCCAAACGAAAUAUUUAUGAACUUCGUGCUGAACGUUUCAAUCGUCCUGAACAUCGAUCACUUCUCUCCGUUGAAACAACAACAUUGCAUUAUAGAUUAAAGCAAGCUAUACGUGAAAUAAAUAAGUCUUUUCUUGAUUCAAAAUCAAAUCAAGAUAAAAGAUAUUUACAAGAAUUAGUAACAUAUAUUAAUCAGUUUGAAGGUGACAUUGACUUGUUAAUGUGUCAAAUGCAAUAUGAACCAAAAGUAAAAGAGACCAUUUUAUUUUCAUCGGUCACCAAUGAUAUACUUGAUCGAAUGAAUCUAAUUCUUCAUUGUGCACGUACAUUAUCUAAAAAGAUCUCUAUUGAUGAUGGUAUAGAUGAAACAAAUGAAAAUAUGGAAAAUGAAAUUAAUAAUGAUUUAUCGAAUAUGCCAAAUCAAGUUGAGUAUAUAAUAAAAAUAAAAACCAAUAAUGAAAUCAGUUCAUCAUUAUCGAAUGAUACAAAUGUAGCAGUUAAAUUACAUGGUACAUAUAAUAAAACAUCGGAUAUAAUUCUUACACAAUCAAAUAAUAAAAAUAAAUGGCAAUCAGGACAAAUCGAUUUAUUUAAUCUCGAAUUAAAUUAUUUAGGUGAUAUAUAUGCUAUUGAAAUAUAUCAUGAUGCUCAAUAUUCAUCUUGGAAAGUUGAUUGGAUCGAGAUAAUUGAUGAUGCUACUAAUAUUUAUCGAUUUCCUUUCAAUCGUCUAAUGGAUAAAUUUUCUAAUGAUAAUAAAAGUCGUUUUUUUAUUCAACAAGAUAUUGGUCCCGUUAAUAGUUUACCAUCGAAACCUUUUAAACAAAUAAAACCAUACAAGAAAAUUGGCUUUUCAACAUACACAAUUCAAGUUAAAACAGGAAAACAACCAAAUAAAGUAACAGAUUCAUCGGUAUUUCUACAAGUCAAAGGUGAAAAUGGAAAUUUUGCUGAUAAUUUAUGCAGUGCAAACUCGGCUUUUAAAAAUUCAAUAUUUGAACCAGAUCAAUUAGACACAUUUUAUGUUAUGUGGCCACAGUUAGCAAAAAUAAUUUCUUUACAACUACUUGUUCAGUCUGAAGGCAUACAGCCAUUAUGGUUUUGUGAAUAUAUCACUAUUAAAGAAGAUCAAACAGAUAAUCAUUAUAAAUUUAUAGUUAAUCAACUAUUUGAUGGUUCAAAUCCAGAGAAUCGAAAUUUAAUAAGACAUUUAACUGUUUAUCCACAAAAUAUAAAUCAGGCAGAUUCCAAUAAAGAGAAAGAAAAGCCUGGGUAUUUAUUAAAACUUAAAACUGGUGAAAAAGGUUUAUCAAAUAUGUCAACAUUACCAUCGAUUAACAUAAUAUUGAGAGGUGAAAAAAGAAAAUCUGAACCAUAUAAAUUAACACCAUUAGAUGACAAACGAAUAUUAUUCCAAGAUAAUCACACAGAUGAAUUUUUACUUUCGUCGAAAUAUUAUGUUGGUCCCAUAAAAACUUUAGAAAUAUCAUCAAGCGAUGAAAUUGAUCAAUGGUUUAUUGAAACAAUUAUUAUUCGAGAUAUUAUACAAGAACAAGUUGAUUUCAUUUAA